UUGCAUUGGAAAUGGCAGACAGAAACGCCAAAGACUCGACCCCUCCGCCGCUUUUGUUAAUGCCUGCAGGAGGAGGGCUGACUCUCAACCCCCCAGACCAUCCAAAUGUAUUGAUGCCUGUUAUACAGAGUGAACCAUCGCUUUUGGGAUCCGAUGAAGAAGGUGAAGCAGACAGUUUUGUUGGGCAGUCCCCACUACAAGGUUCUAAUACUCCUUCACAGCCCUCAACCUUUAACCUCUUCCAAAAAUCUGGAGGGGGUGGGGCUGAUCCCUUCUCGCAGGUGGGACAUAAUCCACACCCAGGUCCGACUCCGACUAGUUUGUUUGGGUCCCCAGCUCCCACAACAGCAUCGCAGGCCGUGGUUCAACCAACCAUCCCUUCAACAACAAAACCAGCUGGCCAACCAUUCAAUGGAGGCCCAGUCUCACAGCCCAUGUUCGGAAGUUCCCCCGCCCCUCCCCCAGCUGGAAAUCAGUUCCGUAAACAACAAGGACAGAGAUUGUCAACAUAUGCUCAAAUGCCUUCAGGGACAUAUGCUGGAGGCCAAGGUGGUGCCAAUCCAUACUCCUUGGGACAGUCUCCGAGUAUGAUGCCUCCAGGACCUCCCAGUAAUAUGAUGUCACCAGGACAACCUCCAUACGGGGCACCAAUGGGAGGUCUGCCCCCAGUUCCUCCCUCCAUCCAGUCAUCAGUAGCCAUGUCAACAUCUUCAUCCCCCUAUGGAGGGCCUCCUGUUGCACAAGUAAACCCAACAGUCUCUCAGACAUCCUUCACACAAAGAUCACAGACCAGCUUUGAUAUGGACCAGUCUAAUUACUCUGGGGCCCAACAAGGGGGCUUUUAUCAACCUGUUCGGCCCCACUGGUGUUUUUCUAAAAGAGUGGAGAGUAAAUUGAUCUGGUAUCCAUUCACAUUGAAAGACAGUAUGGCUAUAGAAGAGGCUUAUAAAAGUGGUGCCGAAGUGGUCGCCACAGAUGGUGGACGUUAUGAUGUAUUCAUGUCCACUCGUACCCGUAAAUCUGUUUACUGGCAGGAAGAUCCCUCUCCCGUCGUCAGAAGUACCUGGUUUUACAAGCGGGAGGGUGACAAUCGAUAUGUCCCCUAUGAAGAACAGAUUGCGCAGAGACUUGAAAGUGAGUACCAGAAUGCCGUGACCAACAAUGCAUGGCACAAGAGGCUCGAGUUUCCGGGAGGGGAGACCGUUGUGAUGCACAAUCAGAAUGUGAUGGUCCACUUCCAGCCAUCCUCACAGCCAGACGAGUGGGGAACUGUACAGGGUCGUCCUCCUCCUCCGCUCAUGGAGGAAGGCAUGCGACCCAGGGUUGUGAAGAGAGGACUAGACGACUUUGAGAGUAUACAGGAAGGCGAGCCUAGUCAGGUUGAUCAUCUGGUAUUUAUGGUCCACGGGAUUGGAUCCUUCUGUGACGUCAAGUUCAGGAAUGUCGUGGAGUGUGUGGACGACUUCAGGUCUAUAUCAUUAAGUCUACAACAGUCUCACUUUAAGAGUUACGUAGACUCGAAUCGUAUCGGAAGGGUGGAGUUUCUACCUGUCCAUUGGCACUCAGCCUUACACGGGGACGCUACAGGUCUUGACAAAAUGCUGAAGAAGAUCACGUUACCCAGUACAGGGAAAUUACGGAACUUUGUCAACGAUACACUCAUGGAUAUACUGUUCUACACCAGCCCGACUUACUGUCAGAUGAUAGCGGAUACUGUCGGAGAGGAGAUGAACAGACUCUAUAGUUUAUUCCUCAGUAGGAAUCCGCGAUUCCAGGGAACAGUGGCUGUGGCAGGACACAGCUUAGGUUCUACGAUCCUGUUUGAUUUGCUAUUACACCAGAAGGACCCAAGUUCACCUGACCUUCAACCUCCAACCGACAGUGCCCCACACCAGGUGGACGCUAGUCUGUCUACAAGUUUUACCGACGACACUCACUCAACAUCUAGUCAAAAUGGUUUGGAAGAAGAGGAGUCGGAAAUGACCUUGGAGGAACUCCUGGCCAAGGUCGGAUUACAGGACAAGCUGGAGGUCUUCCAUCAGGAACAGAUUGACAUGGAAUCAUUGAGCAUGUGUAGUGAAGGAGAUCUCAAGGACCUCGGACUUCCGAUGGGACCCAGGAAAAAACUCCAAGGACUUAUCAAGGAUGAGCAGCACAGAAAGCAAAGAAAUUCGGAGCGAGCUGAGAGGAAAGCUAAAGAAGAAAUAGAACGGAAAGUACGGGAACAACUGGAGGGAGAAAUGAAGUCUCAGGCAGCCUUAAGCAAACCAAGUGCCUCUCGAUCGGCCAGUAUAAAUGUGGAGUACAUACAGGGUGUGUCUGGUACGGGGCGACCAAGUGUAGCCUACCCACAGCUCUCAUUCAAACCCAGCGCCUUCAUCGCCAUGGGGUCUCCCAUUGGUGUGUUUCUCUCAGCACGAGGUCUGGACAAAGUCGGUGAAGAUUUCAAACUUCCAACGUGUUCCAGAUUAUUCAAUGUUUUUCAUCCAUUUGAUCCUGUGGCAUAUAGACUGGAGCCUUUAGUAUCAUCAUCAGCUGUUAAUAUCAAACCAGUACUUAUACCUCAUCACAAGGGACGCAAACGACUCCACCUCGAACUAAAAGAAAGUUUGACAAGGGUAGGCGCAGAUAUAAAACAGAAAAUAGUGGAUUCACUAAAGAGUACAUGGAAUACCAUAAAUGAUUUUGCGAAGGCUCAUCGGACAAGUGAGACAACGCUUGGAGAUUCACUGGAGCAGCAAGUCGAUAGCCAGAUAUCAUCAGUCAUGCAUGACUUGUCCCAAGAGGAAGAUGAUAAAUUAUCUGUAGCCUCGGGUGCUGAAGAGGAGAUUUACAUGGGCCAGAUGAAUGAAGGCCGACGUAUUGACUACGUUCUACAGGAGCGGCCAAUAGAGAGCUUUAAUGAUUAUCUGUUUGCCCUAGCAAGCCAUGGAUGUUACUGGGAGUCUGAGGACACAGUUCUACUUGUGAUACGGGAGUUAUACGGCCCUCUUGGAAUUCUGCCAGAAAUGCCUGAUUCAAGUGGAAAACGCCUUUACACAGGUCCACCUCCAAUGGGGCCCCCAAGGGGGAUACAGCAAGUUCCAGCCAUGCCACAACAUUCUGUUGGAGGACCAUCAUCACAGUUUUCCCCUCAGGUGCCCCUCAUGAGCCAGCAAACCAGUGUACCUUUAAUGUCACCCCCAUCAGGACCUCCUGCCAGUCAGGGGCCCCCCAUGGGGAUGGCUCCGCCUCUUCAAGGAUUCGUACGAUCUGGACCGAAAUAAAUAUAUAUAUGGAUCAAAGUAUUUGGUGAAAGUGAAGAAAAAUAUUUAUUAAAGUAUUUCAUUGUUUGAACUCAGUGAGUCAAAAAUUGGUAACAGAAGUUUAUGUAGUUUAAACUAACCGUAAAUAACCCAUUAUGUCAUAUUUAAGGUAAAUUUACAAAGUGACCAGUUUUGGAUGUUUUAGUGGUACAUGUUACGUGUACUCUGACACAUGUUACGUUUCUAAUUUAUUACGUUACGUACUGUUCUGUCCUUGUCUUGUUUUAAUGAGGACAUUUUUAAAUCAGAUGUGGAAGUAACGAAGUUUAUCCCCAACCCUCAGACUGACCAAAUACCAAGUAAGAGGUCAGUUUGACCGACCCUCAUACUGUGACCUAAUACCAGGUACGAGGUCAGUUUAACGAACCCUCAUACUGUGACCGAAUACCAGGUACGAGGUCAGUUUGACCAACCCUCAGACUGUGACCAAAUACCAGGUACGAGGUCAGUUUGACCAACCCUCAGACUGUGACCGAAUACCAGGUAAGAGGUCAGUUUGUCUGACCCUCAUACUGUGACCGAAUACCAGGUACGAGGUCAGUUUGACCAACCCUCAUACUGUGACCGAAUACUAGGUACAAGGUCAGUUUGACCAGGCCUCAUACUGUGACCGAAUACCAGGUAAAAGGUCAGUUUGACCAACCCUCAUACUGUGACCGAAUACCAGGUAAAAGGUCAGUUUGACCAACCCUCAUACUGUGACCGAAUACCAGGUAAAAGGUCAGUUUGACUGACCCUCAUACUGUGACCGAAUACCAGGUAAAACUAAAAAGGUCAGUUUGACCAACCCUCAUACUGUGACCGAAUACCAGGUAAAACUAAAAAGGUCAGUUUGACCAACCCUCAUACUGUGACCGAAUACCAGGUAAAACUAAAAAGGUCAGUUUGACCAACCCUCAUACUGUGACGGAAUACCAGGUAAAACUAAAAAGGUCAGUUUGACCAACCCUCAUACUGUGACCGAAUACCAGGUAAAACUAAAAAGGUCAGUUUGACCAACCCUCAUACUGUGACCGAAUACCAGGUAAAACUAAAAAGGUCAGUUUGACCAACCCUCAUACUGUGACCGAAUACCAGGUAAAACUAAAAAGGUCAGUUUGACCAACCCUCAUACUGUGACCGAAUACCAGGUAAAACUAAAAAGGUCAGUUUGACCAACCCUCAUACUGUGACCGAAUACCAGGUAAAACUAAAAAGGUCAGUUUGACCAACCCUCAUACUGUGACCGAAUACCAGGUAAAACUAAAAAGGUCAGUUUGACCAACCCUCAUACUGUGACCGAAUACCAGGUAAAAGGUCAGUUUGACCAACCCUCAUACUGUGACCGAAUACCAGGUAAAACUAAAAAGGUCAGUUUGACCAACCCUCAUACUGUGACCGAAUACCAGGUAAAAGGUCAGUUUGACCAACCCUCAUACUGUGACCGAAUACCAGGUACGCGGUCAGUUUGACCAACCUCAUACUGUGACCGAAUACCAGGUACGCGGUCAGUUUGACCAACAUCUCACACAUAAAUGUAGAAAUCUAAUGUAGAGAUAUAAUUGUUAAGAUUCUGUACAGUGUGAUAUUUCUAUGAAAUAGAGGUUUAUGAUGUUUACAGUUUCAUUUUUAUGACUAGUCAAGCUUUUACUUGCACAGUUCACUCUGUACAGGUGACUGAGAGUUCUCUGAUCUAAGAUUAAGGAGACUCAAUAUUUAAAAAAAUGAUAAGAGACUAUGUACAUACCCAGGCAUUAAAGUUGCUUUAUAAUAUAUACAUAAUGUAUAUAUAUUGUAUACAUUAUAAAUGAUCUGCUCCUCUCCGGUGCGAAUUUACAUCAUUUAGUGGACUCAGAUUCUUAUUUUUUUAAUUUUUAGAUCAUAAUCUGUUAAUAUUAUUUAACAUUGUUGUCUUUAAAGCAUUAAUAUAUGUGUAACCUACUUGAUUAAUAAUAAUCAUUAUAAGACCAUUGAUCAAAUCUGUCACCUCUCAGAAUCAACCUCGCAUCCUGUUGAUUAUUUCUGUAGUCUAAGAGUAGUUUUUCGCACUGAUACAGUCUAGUGGCUAGGUCUCCACAUUUUACACCACGAGAGGUUUGACAUUAAGUUAUAUGUGAUGUGGGUAUCUCCCAGUGUUGGGUAUGUGAUAUUAUCAGCAUUUAGACAGGUGUUCUAGUAACAUACAAAUAUGAAACCUUCAUUAUCGGUGAUGUUUGAAAUAAUCUGAUUAUUAAAUAAAUGCAUGAUUAAGCAAUAUUCAUUGAACCUUCUAUCAGUUUAAGAUUGGUUCUGUUGUGAGAACAGAGAAGACAGUGGGAACUUCCUACCUGAUGUUCUGUGUAGUAUUUCAUUGUCUUUGUGACGUCUUUAAGAAGUAUUUGUAUGGUAAUGAGAGGUCUCUGUAAUGAUGUAGACAAUACUUUGUCAAUACUAUGGCUGUCACUGAAGUGCUUAUUCUCUCCCAUGGUAUGUAAUCUGUGGUUAUUUUACUUCAUACACUUAAUGAUAUAUGUAAAAUUCAGGAUAAAAUGUACUUUUUAUUACUUAACUUACUGUCAGACCCUGUUUACUGUCACAUGACCCUGUCAUCUGUCAUAUGAAUGGGUUUGUUGUCACAUGACUUGUUCUGAUGUCACAUGACAUUCUACAGCCACUGGGACUGAAGAUGUUGUGAUAGUUUGUUGUGCCAUUUAAUAUGAUUAUUAAGGAUCCUUACACAUUAUUUGUGUAUUGUAUCUCAUGAUUUAAUACAUUAUACACGUUUGACCAAAAUGGCUGAUAAAAUAUCAAUCAGCCCGAAGUGUUAUUACUUGUCAGAUAACCAAGUGUUUAAAUGUGAUGUACUGGUGAUGUACUGGUAUAUUGAUAGUUUGUACAAUAAUGUGAUGUACUGGUAUAUUAAUAGUUUGUACAAUCAUGUAAUGUACUGGUAUAUUAAUAGUUUGUACAAUAAUGUGAUGUACUGGUAUAUUACUAGUUUGUACAAUAAUGUAAUGUACUGGUAUAUUAAUAGUUUGUACAAUAAUGUAAUGUACUGGUAUAUUACUAGUUUGUACAAUAAUGUAAUUAACUGGUAUAUUAAUAGUUUGUACAAAAAUGUGAUGUACUGGUAUAUUAAUAGUUUGUACAAAAUGUAAUGUACUGGUAUAUUACUAGUUUGUACAAUAAUGUAAUGUACUGGUAUAUUAAUAGUUUGUACAAUAAUGUAAUGUACUGGUAUAUUACUAGUUUGUACAAUAAUGUAAUGUACUGGUAUAUUAAUAGUUUGUACAAUAAUGUAAUGUACUGGUAUAUUAAUAGUUUGUACAAUAAUGUGAUGUACUGGUAUAUUGAUAGUUUGUACAAUAAUGUAAUGUACUGGAAUAUUAAUAGUUUGUACAAUAAUGUAAUUAACUGGUAUGUUGAUAAUUUGUACAAUAAUGUAAUGUACUUGUAAGUUGAUAAAUUGUACAAAAAUGUAAUGAUUUUGUUGUUGUUGAUCUUAUGUUGAACAAAGAUGAUAAACUUUAUAAAACGAUUGUUCACCUUGUCAAGAGUUCAUAUAAGGUUGCUGUAUUCUAUUCCUCAUUGUGUUUGGUGUGUAACUAACGUUCAGUUUUAGUAUUGAUCAUAUAUUAAAAGUUAAUCUCUGAAUGGUAUAUCAAUAUACACUUAAAAUGCAUGUAUUUAAAUGAUGAUGAAACAAAUGUUUUAUAAUGACAAUAGGUGUUUUUUUUGUUUCAUUUACUAAUACUGUUUUAUGUCACCUGCAGUCACCAAAUAUUUCUAUGGUAUUAUUUGGUGUCUAUUCUCACUCUACUGUGUUAGAAAUCUUUUCCCCAGAUGAUGAGAGUGUUAACCUGAGUUUGAUGGCAAUCUCUUUUAAAUGGUGAAUGACUUUAUUUAAUUAAAAACUUCCAGAAUGUGUUCAUCUGUAGAUCAACUUUGUAUCAUCAGUUGUGCAAUUAAAGACUGGUUUUUGUCAAUUUCAUAAUAGAUUAUUUUGAUAAUACUUAGAUUUAUGCACUGUUAAUGAACUUGACACAAUAGUUCUGACAUUAAUUUACAGGGUACACCAUACUUUUGAUAAACAUUGAGGGUCAUUCAAUCACAUUGAUAAACUUUAAGGGUCAUUAGAUUACAUUGAUAAAUAUUGUAGGUCAUUAAAUCACAUUGAUAAACAUUGCAGGUCAUUAAAUUACAUUGGUAACUUGUACUAGUACAGUAAAAUUGCCAGUUUCCCUCACAACUGUUUAGAUUUUGUGAUUUUGAUGUGAUCCGUUUAUACAUGUUGAUCCGUAUGUGUAUAAUCAUUUCUCUGUCAGGUUUUUUUUAUCCUGAGUCCCUCAACAUUCCUACUUCAUUCAUUUUUUGUUCACUCCUCACCCAUCUAGAAAGGAAAAACACUGGGCAGUGUUGUUUGUUUGCUUGCUGGGUUUAUCACCCCAUGAACAGCCAGGGUCAUUUUGAAGUGGGGUCUUCUUGUAGUAGUUGGUGACUACCUCACUGAACAGCAUACAGGAGGCCCGUUCAAAGCCAUCCAUAGCAGUUAGGGUAAAGUGUCUUGACCAAAGACCAGCCCAAUUCUCAGUUUCCUGAGAAGCAAAAAGCGACAUUCGUAGGGAGCUUCAAACUCGUAUAUCCGAUCUUCACCUGAGGUUACGUGGCCGGCUGACUGAGCUGUUGUUGCCCCUACCCUGGGCAAUUGGUACUUUUAGAUGUAUAAAUGUAUAAUUUCGGUCACUUUAAGAAUUAGGUGAUAUCCAUCACAGAAUCCGCAGUUCACAUCAUUUCACAUCAGAAAUUGAAAUAUAGUAUACAUGUACACCCAUUGAAAUUGUCUCCCUUUUUUUAGCAUUAGGGAAGGAGUAUAUCUAUCACAAACUUUUAAUACCAGUUUGGCCCGGUCAAUCCAUGACCAUUAGGGAAGGAGUAUCUAUUACAAACUUUUAUUCAGUCCAACAUUUAUUUUAUAAGCCUACAAGACAUUACACCUUUAACAACCUGUAAAUAUUUAACAUCAAAGGCAGACUUUCGUUUUACUUGUUGGUAUGUGAACGGGUUAGAUAAUAUAUAGAUUUAAACAAGAAUAAAAUUCCUGUCAUUUUUUAUAUUAUUGAUGUUAUUUAAUAUUUAAAGAGUGGUAGUAAUUUUAUUUUCGGUUUAGAUAUCACAUCAGCAUUUGCUUUAAGAAAAUCGUUAUCAACAGGAAGUAGUUUUGAAUUGGAAGAUUUUUUUUUUUUCUGGAGAGAGGUAUUUAACGACAGUGUUAAUGUCAGAUCCCAGUGCUCCACAUCAAUAUACAUGUAUUUGGUUUAUAAGUAUUUGUAUGAAUGAGGCAUGAAUGCAACAUUUCCUCUGCUAUAUUGUGUUAAAUUUUAAAUGUAAAUAAGCUAUUUAAAGACGCCUGUAUGGUUUCUUUUCCUUUAUUUGUGUUUUGAUGUCGGUCUCGUCAGAGUUCGAGUAUGAAAGAACAGAGAAAUAAAAUGGUGCUGUGAUUA